AUGGAUAGUCUACAGAUGCAGUGGAACUUGAUCCGGCUGCAAGCUUUGAGUGGCGCCGCUGAUGCGGACGAUCUCAUUGUUCAUACAGAUCCUGGAUCAAAAGAUGAAGGUGCUGCGUAUAUGGCCGCAGAAAAUGAGAGCACCGACAGUAACCAUGAAGAAGAAGAUGAUGAUGAUGAAGAUGAAGAAGAUGGCAACGAUGAUGCGCCAAGCAGACAAGCUGUCCAUCCUGCUCGUGCCGUUAGGUCAGAGAACGUGCCACCCAGGCACGGACUGGACAAGCACAUUGAGCUCCCAGUGUGUACUUCCAGAGAGAGGAGUCCCAACCACCGGUCGUAA